UCAAUCAACAAACCAAAAUAAUUGUGAUGCAAAUGAGUCUUUCAAAUUGAUUGAUCAUCAUGAUAAUGAUGAUGAUGAUGAUCAACAAUCAAAUAACAGUGUUAAUGGUGAAUUUUGUGAUAAUAAACGAAAACAUUCUAAAUGGAAUCUUGAAGAUAAUAAUAAUUUCUAUGAUGAUAAUGAUAAAGAAAUUAUCAAAUCAAAAGAUUCCAUUGAAUUAAAUGAUAAUAAUAAUGGUAAAUCCGAAGAUUAUAAAGCAAAUAACAAAAAGAAUGUUAAUAGUGUACGAAGAAGAAGAUUUCGUUCCGGUUUAGAUAUGAUACGUAAUUCAAGAAAAAAAUCAAACAAAAACAAAUUAUUUCGUAAAGAACAACAACAACAUUGUAAUAGAAAUAAUAAUGGAAAAAAAGAAAAUUCAAUGGAUAAUAAUAAUAAUCGUCUUCUUGAUUCGAUCAAUGGUCGUUGUCGUCAUCGUCGUUUUGUGGUCAAUAAAUCUUUGGGUGAAACUUUAUUACAUCGAUCGGCCAAAAAUAAUCGAUUGGAUGUUGUACGAUUAUGUUUAGAAUCGGAUUCAUGUGAUGUAAAUGCUAGAGAUAAUGCUGGUUACACUCCAUUACAUGAAUGUUCAUCACGUGGAAAUUUAGAAAUUGCUCGACUUUUAUUACAACAUUCGGCCGAUGUUAAUGCAAGUGCCCCCGGUGGCAUCAGGCCUCUUCAUGAUGCUAUCGAAAAUGAUCACAUUGAAAUUGUUCGUCUGUUACUUUCGUAUGGAGCUGAUCCACGCAUAUCUACUUAUUCGGGAACAACACCCAUACAAUUGAGUCGUUCAAAAAUUAUGAGUAAAUUUUUACAAGGCUUUUACAGUGAUAUCAGUACUGAUCAUUCAAUGAUUGACCGGUCAAAUGUCUGGAAAUUUAAUAGCCAUCAUUCUUUAGUAGAUUCAGGUUUCGAUAUUUUUGCCGAUCUAUCUUCCGAUGAUAAUGAUUCAGAUGUUGAUGAUGAUGACAUCAUGAUGGAAUAUGAAUUCGAAACAAGUUGCCGACCAUUAUUGAAUCUCUAUACUUUUCUACAUAAGCCUAAUCAAUGUCCAUUUUAUCUUCUAUCUGAUGUGAUAAAAUCAUUGAAAAUGACUCGCGAAACAUUCAUUCAUUAUCAUCCUAUGCUGACCAUUUCCAAAAUAAGUCGAUCAGAUUUCGAAACAAAUGGCCUGAUUGUUCAAUUGGAAACAAGACAUUCAAGCUGUAAAAUUUUGGCCAACAACAAAAACAACCGAAUAAUGGAAAAAGAAUUCACUCAACAAUAUGAAAUUGAAAUUAUCUACCAAAGCGAACAAAUUAAUAGAAUUCUCGAUGUAGAACUAACUGUGAUAUAAGCCUGGUUAUAAUUGAAACGUUACUGUAUAUUUUAUUGAUGAAUUAAAUUGAAUAAAAAUUAAUUUUUUUUU